AUCAGUUUACAGCAUCGCACAACUUCCCGCGAAUAUUCAGCUGUAGGGUUGUAAACAGCGACGAAUGCAACCUUUUAAACACUGGUGAAUUUAUGACUCAAAACUUUGGAUUUAGUGCUGGACUGUGACAGUAUGGCCACUAGAGCAUGCCAGAGAAAGCUUGAGUUUCCUGUCAGGAAGAGCAGUCGACUGAGGGGAAAGACAACUGACACAGCUGCUGAAACAAAAGAGGUGCCAGAUCCUAAUGUUAAUCCAGUACAAGUGAAGUCAGAUGUGAAGGCGCCUGUUACUGGCAGGAGGUCAACAAGAAGGACAAAGAAGACCAAGCAGUGUGAAAAUGCACAUUCUGCUGAAACUCCAUUGAAAUUGGAACCACGAGUUUGCUUGAUAAAAAGUCCAUUGAAAAGCCCUGUAAAAAUCAGCAGCCUUAACAGUCCAGUAAAAAUUACAUCUGCGAUUGACAGAGAUGUCUUGAGCCCCAGGAAGAGAACUUUAGAAGAGAGUACUGCCUUAAAGAAUUUCACAAAUGUUAAUUGUCCUGCAAAAUCCAUGCUGAAGCUCAGCAGUGCUUCUACAAAAGAAAAUGAAUCUAGUCCAAGGAAGAGGUCACUUAGAGAAACUCCCAUGAAAACCAGCCCUUUGAAAGUCCCCAUUGCAGUCAGUAGUCCUUUAAAAACUCCUAUAAAAAUCAGAAGUCCACUGAAAACUCCUGUGAAAGUCAAUAGUCCUUUGAAAACCCCUGUAAAGACCAGCAACUCGUGCAAGAAGGAGAAUGUACCAAGUCCAAGAAAACGUCUUCUUCAGGAUGAUGACACCAAAGAUCAGCAUGUUUCUCCUAUCAAAAUUUGCAGGCAAGAAGGUCGUUGUUACCAGCGAGUGAAGAAGGUUCUCCACACUGCAGCACCAGAGAGGUUAGUGGGAAGAGAGAAGGAAACUGCCACCAUUGACAAGUUCCUAACAAAGCACCUGUUAGGCCAGGUGUCAGGGAGUCUGUAUGUGUCUGGUGCUCCAGGAACAGGGAAGACUGCUGUGCUCUCAAGUGUCAUGGACACCUACAAGGAAAAAUCCAAGCACAAGUCCAUAUUUAUUAAUUGCAUGACUGCAAAGAAUUCUGCUGCCAUAUUCAACAAGGUUGCGAGCGAGUUGCAAGGAAAGUCUGUACAGAAAACUGUGAAGGAAUCUGUAAGACACUUAGAAAAACAACUGACUUCUUCAGGACCCAUGGUGCUAUUGAUCUUGGAUGAGAUCGAUCAGUUAGACAGUAAAAAUCAGGAUGUAUUGUAUACAAUGUUUGAGUGGCCUGCGCUGGAAAAUUCAAGACUUGUUUUAAUUGGUAUUGCUAAUGCGUUAGACCUGACAGAUCGUAUUCUGCCUCGCCUUCAAGCACAUCCAAAGUGCAAGCCACAGUUGCUCAAUUUUGCCCCGUAUACUCGUCAGCAAAUCACAGAUAUAAUACAGGACCGCUUAAAGCAGGUUGGUCAAGAUGAUGGUGCACUUGUUGACCCCAGUGCGGUCCAGUUCUGUGCCAGGAAGGUGUCCGCUGUGGCCGGAGACAUGAGGAAGGCACUGGACGUCUGCAGGAGGGCAGUGGAGGUGGUCGAGUCACAGGUCAAGAGGCAGACCAUACUCAAACCUUCAGACAGCAACAGUCCAAGAAAAACUCCCCCAGUGCGCAGAAAAGUAGGAGUGGCAGACAUUGCAAAUGUUGUAUCAGAUGUUUACGGUUCAAGGGUGGUUACCAAUCCCCAGGGGGAGCAACAACAGACCAUCCCUCUGCAACAGAAAAUUGUUGUCUGCACAUUGCUGUUGCUUACAAAACAAACCAAGAACAAAGAGGUGACACUGGGAAAGCUACACGACUCGUAUGCAAAGAUUUGUAAGAAGAAACAAAUGACCAGUUCAGAUCAGUGUGAAUUCCUCAGUCUGUGUACACUUCUGGAAACCAGAGGGAUUGUUGGCUUAAAGAAGACAAAAGAGACCAGGAUGACAAAGGUUAGCCUAAAGCUGGAUGAGAAGGAAGUAGAAUUUGCCUUGCAAGAUAAGCUACUGCUGACGUCCAUUUUCUCACAAGGAUUAUAAAUGUGUUGCCUGGUAUGUUCACCAGGUCGGAUCAAAUAGAUAGACUGGAAGUCUGAAAUAUUAGUGAUAUAUCCGUUUUCACAAGGAUUGUUUUAAAUGGUGCCUAUUUGUUGAGAUUAGAAUUUCCCUUAAUAACAAACAUUGGAAAAUUAUUUUUGUAAAUUUGUUUUUUCGAGUUUUUGUCAAACUGCACCAGGGUUUUCACUCAAUAUUUGUGUACUUGAAGGAUAUGGUUUCAUUACAAUGGUACUAUUUGCAUGGCUGUUUAGCCACCAGCGCAAUUAACUUCAACACUGCAUUGUAAAGCAUAAAAAAGGGAGAAGCAUAAAAUGCUGUUUUUACCGUCUAACAUCUGUGAUUUGUUCAACAUGUAGCAUUGAAUGCUACCUUUUUAGGAGAGUUGGUAGAUUGUAACUCAUUUUCAUCAACUUCAUGAGUGAACUCAUACAUAUGCAAUGGAUUUUAUUAACGAUUUCAAAGUUGACUAGUGUUGUAUAUCACAAUUUUAACUUGUGCCUGUGUAUUAGCAAAGUUUUAAAUUGUACUAUUUAUACCAUUUUCAUGUAAUUAGUGAAUGUCAGCAUCCUCAUUUAUCAUAUAAGUACUAAUUGACCUUGAACUUUUAUCAUGGUUAUUCAAGUAUUUAUUUAUGACCAGUUUAUUGUUGAAAAUGUUGGUAAGGUAUGCCAUAAAAUGCCAGUACAAUCAUCAGUAGUAGUACGAGUAGUUGUAGGAAGUAAAAAAUUUUGAGAAAGAAUGAGACAUUUCAAUUUUUCGCAUCCUCGUGACUUAAUUUCACUCACUGCAAGCUUGCCUUUGUUUACAAUGUGCUUGUUCAGUUUUCACUAACAUAAUGGUGAAGGAGAAGCACUAUGUAAAAGAAAGUCGCUGUUAGUAUUCUGUUUUAGGUGAUGAUAAAUGCAAUAAAGACCUGCAAUAAAG